AUGGUCGGCGACACCCAGAGCACGGCUACUUUAGCUCAGCUAUCAGCAGAUCCGCACACAGACCCACCACCGCAACCUGACUCUGGGAACGAUGAGAAGCCAGUCGCUGUUACGUCGAAACUUGACAUCGAACAUGCGACAGUACGCGACGAUCCUCGGAAGUGGUCGAAGACUCGCAAGUAUGUUGGGGUCGCAAUGGUCUCUUUGGCGGCGAUGGUCGCUGGUUUGGGCGCGAAUAUUUACAAUCCCGCGAUCUCUCAGAUUGAAGCGGACCUACAUGCGACGCCAAGCCAGCUAAGUCUGACCUUGUCGCUUUUUAUCCUUAUCCAAGGAGGAUUUCCUUUGAUAUGGAGCGCCGUCAGCGAGGUCCAGGGACGCAAGAGGGUCUACUUGGUCUCGCUCGUAAUAUGCACAGUUGGUUGCAUUGUCUCAGCAACCGCCAAAAGCAUCAACGUGCUGAUUGGUAUGCGGUGUGUUCAAGCGGCAGGAUCGAGUGCGGUUAUUUCCAUUGGUGCCGCUACCUUAGCAGAUAUGUACGACCCGGCCGACAGAGGUACAAUGAUGGGUAUUUACUAUUGUGCACCUCUUCUCGGACCCUCUCUUGGCCCUAUACUAGGUGGUGUGCUUACCCAGGGUUUCAACUGGCGCGCCACUUUCUGGUUUCUCGCGAUCUUUACCGGUUUCUGCGCUGUCUCGUUCUUAUUUUUCAAAGACACGUUCCGCCUAGAGCGCAGCCUUACCUAUCAGACGGCACUACGACGUUUACUCGAGCAUGAGGCAAAGAAAACUCAGGUAGAUGCAGAGAAACGUCGACAUGAAAAGGAUGUGAAGGAGCAGGAUGAAGACAACGGCAACAGCACGUCUAUGCAUGAUGUAGAGGCCCAGGCGGCACAGCUGGCAGACGGAACCGCGCUGCCAAUCAAGGAGAUCAAGUUGUCUCUCAUGGAUAUCAACCCCGUUCGCCCGAUUGUGCAGGUUCUGCGCCGUCAGAACAAUAUCAUGAUCCUCGUUGCUUCUGGCAAGUUCGGUCGCCUCUUGUUCGCGUUCAACUUCAGCAUCACAUAUACGGCUGCACGUACACUCGCCGACCAGUACCAUUAUGAUGCCCUCAAGGUUGGACUUGCUCUCCUAGCAUAUGGUGUAGGCUGUCUGUUCGGCAGUAUUUUAGGCGGCCGCUAUUCUGAUUAUGUCUUCAAACAACUGAAAGCAAAGUUCGGCGACAAGAUGUAUCCGGAGGCACGCAUGUGUACACUGCGCCUUCAGAGCACACUGGUCCCGAUGCUGUUCUUUCCGCCAUCCGUAGCCGCAUACGGCUGGGUGUGUGAGCGCCAUGUCAGCAUCGCUGCCGUGUGUGUGAUGCUUUUCCUCUCUGGCUUCUUCCAGAUAUGCAUAUACACUAGCACCCUCGCGUACAUUGUUGACGCGAAUGUCGGUCGUUCAUCCUCUGCCGUUGCAUCAAACAGCUUCUUCCGAGGGCUUUUUGCGUUCGUCGCCACCGAGAUCGCUGUACCGUUGCAGGAUUCCAUUGGCGACGGCGGCCUUUAUUCCAUGUGGACCGGUCUCUUGUUCAUCUCAGAGGCAAUGAUGAUCCUCGUGUGGUGGAAGGGCCGUGAAUGGCGGGAAAAGGCUGUGGCGCAAGAGGCUCGUCGCUCAGGAGCACAGUGA